AUGAGCGAUGACGAGGACGAGGAUUCACAAGACGAACACCCGGAAGCUUGGUCACCGGUCGUAAUUCAACAACGAAGAAAUCCAGAUCGGGUCACUCGAGAAGACAUGUACAGCAGAGCCCUUCAAUUAGCCAAAACCUUGGCUAAUGAACUUCAAAAUAUACCCUUGCCUGCCUUCGAGGGAUACCUUCAAGUACUGGAACAGGUUAUAGAUCUAGUCGUUCAAGCUCCGGCAGAUCCAGUCGUUCGAGCUCCGGCAGAUCCAGUCGUUCAAGCUCCGGCAGAUCCAGUUGUUCGAGCUACGGCAGAUACAGACGCCCGAAUGACAUCAAUCUACUUGGACCACUCUUAUGGCCCAAUAGAACCUCCAUCAGAAGCUGCAGAUGACCAGCAAAGUAGUUCUGAUGAGAACCGGGAGCCAAAAAGACCAAGAGUAGAAGACGAUUUGAUGAUGCUUAUGCUCCCCAACACCAAAACUCGAGCUGGGCGACCGAGAGGAACCAGACGGCUGGAUCAUCAUAAAAAUGCCCCUAAGCCAUUCGAAAAAAAAAAAGGCAGAUCAAAAACUAAGUAA